GUGUUCUAUUCGUACCUAUAUUCUCUACUACAGGACCCGUCUUUCAAUGUUGUCUUGAAAUACUAGUAGUAAUAGCACUACAGCUUCGCCGGUGCGCGCACGUUCCUUCAAUACUAUCUUUAACCCCGGGUCUGCAGGCAGGUAUCUCGGGUAAACUUCGGCCGAGCACCAAGUCUCCCGAAAAUAAUUUCUUGAAUGUCCCUCUGCCAGUGCAGAACUGCAACAGUACAACUUGAACGAUAGCAAAAUAUUCUUCCAGGCCUUCCAAACUGCCUGAAAGCGUCUACAAUGAUUGCUCCCAGCUCCGCAGAUGACUUCGUUCUGACGAUUUCAGACGACGAAGAACUACCGUUCAGCGACCCCGAAAGCGAGGAAGAGCAGACCCUUGCGCUCGCCUCUGGCACCAAACGGAAAAGAGACGAACCACCCAAGAAGGAUACCCAGCGAAACAAGAGGCAGAAGUCUCAGUCCAAGAAACAACCAAAGAGGGAACCAGAACCCGAACCGUCCGAGUCGUCGUCCGAGGAUGAGGGCGAGCAAGGCGUUCAAGAUGGGACGAUUGAUCCAGAUUUCGAAUUCGACAUUGGCGGAGGCGCUGUGCUGGAGGACCUGGAAGAGUUCGACGGCUGGGGCGAGGGCGCUUCGAACACAACAAAAGGCGACGGCAAGAAAAAGACGGUAGACAUUGAUGAAAUCAUUGCCCGCCAUGCCGCGAAGAAACAAAAGCAAAAGCCUGCCAAAUCCAAAAGUGCGGAAGAGGAAGAUGAAGAGGCUUCGUCUGCCUCCGGAGACGAGUCUGCCGCAGACACUGAUGGUGAGGAGGACGACGAUGUUGAUAUACCGGACUUUGAUGAUGACGAGCUUCUUGCACCGGACGUGUUUGGAGCUAACGUCGGCUCGGAAGAGGGGGGCGAAGGCCAAGAAGACUCAGAAGAAGAGGAACAGGACAAUUCGGAAGAUGAAGCAAAUGAAGAUGAAGAUGCUUCUGACAGCGACUCGGUCGCCUCGCCUAUGGCCCACCCGGACGAUCUCGCAUCAGACGCCGGUUCAGAGACAUCAGAAUCCGAUGCUGAGGAGCAGGCCAAGCGAGCCGCGUUCUUUGCCCCGGAAGAUAAAACCACUAACACAAACUCCAAAGCCGCAUCGUCAUUCCAACAGUUUUCGCUCUCGAGACCGAUUCUAAAGGCUUUGGCAGCACUCUCGUUCACUGCACCCACUCCGAUUCAAGCGCGCGCUAUCCCCGUUGCAUUGCAGGGCUUGGAUGUAGUCGGUUCCGCCGUCACGGGGUCCGGAAAGACUGCUGCAUUCUUACUUCCCAUCCUCGAGCGGCUCCUCUACCGGCCUAGAAAAGUCCCUACGACGCGAGUGGCGAUUUUGAUGCCGACUCGUGAAUUGGCCGUUCAGUGUUACAAUGUCGCCACCGCGCUCGCGCGGUUCACGGAUAUUACCUUUGCCCAAGUGGUUGGCGGUUUUCCGUUAAGAGAGCAAGAGGCCAUCUUGAAGAAACGUCCCGACGUGGUCAUUGCUACGCCCGGUAGAUUCAUCGAUCAUAUGCGCAACUCGGCCAGCUUUGUGGUGGAGAACAUUGAAAUUCUGGUGUUGGACGAAGCAGAUCGCAUGCUGGAGACGGGAUUUGAAGACGAGCUCAAUGAGAUUCUGAAGACGAUUCCCAAGGGCAGGCAGACAAUGCUGUUCUCCGCCACCAUGACCGACAGUGUCGACAAGUUGGUCCGGGUGGGAAUGAAUCGCCCUGUUAGGCUAUCGGUGGAUGCUAAAAAGAGCACCGUCUCAGGGCUUGUGCAGGAGUUUGUCCGCCUACGACCGGGAAGGGAGAACCUGAGACUGGCGACCUUAUGUGUCCUGUGCAAAAACUUCUUCACCGAGCGGACCAUCAUCUUCUUCCGGCAGAAGAAAGAAGCUCAUCGUGUCCGUAUUGUGUUUGGGCUACUGGGCCUCAAGGCCGGCGAACUGCACGGCAGCAUGUCGCAAGAACAGCGUAUCAGCGCCGUCAAUGCGUUUCGCGAAGGCAAGACGACGCACCUCCUUGCCACAGAUUUGGCAAGUCGAGGUCUCGAUAUCAAAAACGUCAUGACCGUGGUCAACUACGAAGCACCUCAAACGCAUGAAAUCUACCUCCAUCGUGUGGGCCGUACCGCUCGUGCUGGUCGCUCUGGUCGGGCUUGCACUAUCGCUGCCGAGCCGGAUCGGAAGGUCGUUCGGGCUGCCGUGAAGAGUGCAAGGCAGCAAGGCGCCAAGGUAGUGUCACGGGUGGUGGAUGCGCAAGAGGUCGAUGCCAUGAACGCACAAAUAGAGGCCAUGGAAUCCGAGAUCGAGGAAAUUCUCAAAGAAGAAAAGGAGGAAAAACAACUUUCCCAGGUCGAGCAACAGCUGACCCGCGGCGAGAACCUGGUCAAGCACGAGGCUGAAAUCAUGGCGCGGCCAAAGCGCACAUGGUUUGAAACCGAAAAGGAGAAGCAGCAGGCUAAAGUGAAAGGGCUGAUGGAGCUGAAUGGGCCUAACGGGGUCAUCAGAAUCAAGGGUGAGAAGAAGAAGUUGAGCAACAAAGACAAGAAGCGACUUGACGACAAGAGAGAGCGUGUUGAAGGGAAGAUGUGGCGGAAGGGCAAGGGCAGUGAGGCUGCAGCGAAGAAGGAGAGGAUAGACCGGAAAAAGGGGAAGUCCAAGAACAAGAGCAAAGGAAAAGUGGGAAAAGGAAAGGCGAAGAAGUAGAUAAUCCGCCAACUCUAAUGCUAUAGAUGCUGUCAAUGCACUUUCUCGCCAGUUGUCCUUGCCGGAUGGUGUGUUUGCUCUUGUUAUAUCCCGCCUCACAUUGGAGAUGCCGUUUGAACCGGAAUAGCGCUCGGAACCAGACAGUCAAAGAACUUUUAUCCCCCCGAAGCGUGCCAGCCGGUACUGGGCCAAGGUUGAAACACCAGGGCUCAACGAGGUCUACUGAAUGGCGAAGGACUGGACGCAUGCUCCUUACAGUUGGCUUUUUCAACAGGUCAUAUAUCGUGAGGGUGAUUCGAUGUUGCCCCCAUUGGCUGAGGCAUUCCGCUCGAGCACAGCCAUCAAUCUCGCGGUGCUGGAAUCGCGUUCCAUGGGUAUCUCGGAACAGCUUGCGGUAUGGAUUUGCAGAGAGACGUUGCUCGCGACAGGCGCCGAUGCUCAUGUUGUCGAUGCAAACAGUACCGCCACACUUGCAAGGUGAAUGCUAUCCUUUCUUGGUGGUCUUCCCCGGAAGCUUCACUUGUGGCCUGCAGGCUUCAGUUUGCCUUGCCUGAUCAGGUCAUCUACCUUGGGAGGAAGGACAAGGGCGCUUCUAUCAUUUCGCUUGUAAAAAUCUGCAACCACCUGGGCUGUCUUGGCCGGUUGAUCCUCCUGAAUGAAAUGGCCAGCAUCUGGGAAUACUUGCAGCUGAUAUUUACCUAUUUCAUAGUCAGUGGCAGCGUCCAACGACCUCUUUUUGGGAAGUCAUUAAUGCGUACCUUGCAUUUGGCCAAUCAUGAGUUCCUUGUCAAGCCUGUCAGUUCCGGCAAGAAGUAACAAUUUCCCUCCCUGGGACUCGAGAAAUUUCUUAGACAAACCAAUAAACCAGCCUUCCCAGAAGGGCUUUGUG